AACUACUAUAACUCCUGGUCCAACCACAAAAACUCCAGCUCCAACCACCAAAACUACGACCAACAUAACUCCGGUUCAGACCACAACAACGCCGGCUCCAACCAACACACCUGGAACUCAAACCACGACAACUCUAGCUCCAAUCACCACAACUACAGAAACAACAACUCCAGGUGCAACAACCCCAACCCCAGGUCCAAUGACUACAACUCCAGUUCCAACUACUACAACUCCAGCUGCAACCACCACGACUGCAGCCACCACAAGUGCAGCUCCAACCACCACGAAUCAAGUUGCAACCACAACAUCUCCAGCUCCAACUACCACAACUGCAGCCACCACAACUCCGGCUCCAACUACCACAACUCUGGCUCCAACCAACACAACUGUAGCCACAACAACUCCGGCUCCAACCACCACAACUGCAGCCACUACAACUCCAGCUUCAACCACUGCAAAACCAGAUCCCACUACCAAACCUCUAGCUCCAACCACAACAACUCCAGCUCCAACUACCACAACUGCAACCACCACAACUCCGGCUCCAACCACCACAACAAUUACUCCAACCACCACAAUUCUAGCUCCAACCACCACAACUGCAACCACCACAACUCCGGGUCCAACAACCCCAACUCCGGGUCCAACGAGUACAACUCUGGCUCCAACUACUACAACUCCAGCUCCAACCAGCACAACUGCAGCAACCACAAGUCCGGCUCCUACCACUACAUCUCCAGAUCCAACCACCACAACUCAUUCUCCAACCACCACAACUGGAGCUCCAACCACUGCAACUGCGGCUCCAACUUCUACAACUCUGGCUCCAACUACCACAACUACAGAAACCACAACUCCGGGUGCAACAACCCCAACCCCGGGUCCAAUGACUACAACUCCAGUUCCAACUACUACAACUCCAGCUCCAACCACCAAAACUGCAGCCACCACAAGUCCAGCUCCAACCACCGCGAAUCAAGUUGGAACCACAACAACUCCAGCUCCAACUACCACAACUGCAGACACCACAACUCCGGCUCCAACUACCACAACUCUGGCUCCAACCAACACAACUGUAGCCACAACAACUCCGGCUCCAACCACCACAACAGCAGCCAAAACAAGUCCAGCUCCAACCACUACAACUCCAUAUCCAACUACCACAACUCUGGCUCCAACCACCACAACUGCAGCCACCAUAACUCUGGCUCCAACCACCACAAUUGCAGCCACACCAACUCCGGCUCCAACCACCACAACUCCAGCUCCAACCACCACAACUCUGGCUCCAACCACGACAACUGCAGCCACCAUAACUCCCACUACAACCACCACAAUUGCAGCCACACAAACUCCGGCUCCAGCCACCACAACUCCAACUCAAACCACUACAACUCCUGCUCCAACCACCACAACUGCAGCCAAACCAAGUCCAGCUCCAACCACUACAACUCCAUAUCCAACUACCACAACUCUUACUCCAACCACCACAAUUCUAGCUCCAAUGACCACAACUGCAACCACCACAACUCCGGGUCCAACAACCCCAACUCCGGGUCCAACAAGUACAACUCUGGCUCCAACUACUACAACUCCAGCUCCAACCAGCACAACUGCAGCAACCACAAGUCCGGCUCCAACCAGUACAUCUCCAGAUCCAACCACCACAACUCCUUCUCCAACCACCACAACUGGAGCUCCAACCACUACAACUCCGGCUCCAACUACUACUACUCCAGCUCCAACUACCACAACUACAGAAACCACAACUCCGGGUGCAACAACCCCAACCCCGGGUCCAAUGACUACAACUCCAGUUCCUACUACUACAACUCCAGCUCCAACCACCACAACUGCAGCCACCACAAGUCCAGCUCCAACCACCACGAAUCAAGUUGGAACCACAACAACUCCAGCUCCAACUACCACAACUGCAGCCACCACAACUCCGGCUCCAACUACCACAACUCUGGCUCCAUCCAACACAACUGUAGCCACAACAACUCCGGCUCCAACCACCACAACUGCAGCCAAAACAAGUCCAGCUCCAACCACUACAACUCCAUAUCCAACUACCACAACUCUGGCUCCAACUACCAUAACUGCAGCCACCAUAACUCCCGCUACAACCACCACAAUUGCAGCCACACCAACUCCGGCUCCAACCACCACAACUCCAGCUCCAACCACCACAACUACUGCUCCAACCACAACAACUCAGGCACAAACUACUACAAUUUCAGCUCCAACUACUACAACUCCUGCUUCAACUACCCCAACUGCAGCCACACCAACUCCGGCUCAAACCACCACAACUCCGACUCAAACCACCACAACUCCAGCUCCAACCACCACAACUCCUGCUCCAACCACUACAACUCUCACUCAGUCUAUUAUAACUCCGGCUCAAACUACUACCAUUCCAUCUCCAACCACCACAACUCCGGCUCCAACCACCACAACUCUGACUCCAACCACCACAAUUCUAGCUCCAACCACCACAACUGCAACCACCACAACUCCGGGUCCAACAACCCCAACUCUGGCUCCAACUACUACAACUCCAGCUCCAACCAGCACAACUGUAGCAACCACAAGUCCGGCUCCAACCACUACAUCUCCAGAUCCAACCACUACAACUCCUGCUCCAACCACCACAACUCCAGCUCAAACCAUCACAAUUUCAGUCACCACAACUCCGGCUCUGACCACUACAACUCCAGUUCCAACCGCAACAACUGCAGCCACUACAACUCCAGCUCCUACCAUAACAGCUGCAGCUGCCACAAAUGCUGCUGUAACCCCUACAACUGUGGCUCCAACCACUACAACUCCCAGUCCAACAAUAACCACCACAAAUACAGCCACCACAACUCUAGCUCCAACCACUACAACUCCGGCUACAACCACAAAAACUCCAGCUUUAAACACAACAACUGCAACCACCAAAACUCCGGUCCCGAUCAUCACAACUGUUGGUCCAACCUCUGCAACUCUGGCUCCAACCACUACAACUCUGGCACCAACCACUAAAACUGCAGCCACCACAACUCUGCCUCAGACAACGACAACUCUGCCUACGACCACCAAAACUCUUUAUCCAACCACAACAACUGCAGCCACCACAACUCCAGCUCCUACUACUACAGCUGCAGCCACCACAACUGCGGUUC